AAUUCGUUCACGAACGGACCAUCUCUAAUACGUAUGUGUUUGUGUUUUAGAAACAUGACAGCUUAUAUUUGUUAAGAACCUUUAAAUUAAAUGCUUCUGUUCCAAAACAGAAUGGUGUCUUUUGAAAUAAUUCAUGAAUGCAAAUAAAUAUGACAUCUAUAUGGCAGCAAGUAUUAGCAUUAGAUGCUCGUUUUAAUACUUAUAGGGCUCCCAAUAACCCUCAGUUUCGUACCCUCUAUAUUAGAAGACGAAGCCAACUUUUAAGGGAAAAUGCCAAGCAAGGGUUCAGUCCAGCUGCCAGGAAGCAAUAUUUACGACUGAGAAACCAGUUACUUGCUCAACGUUAUGGAGUUUCCCUUGAUCAAUCUAGUCUCCGAAGUCGAAGCAUGGGAGCUCGAAGCAAUAGUAGAGUCACUCUAGAAACCAGCGAUUCUUUUGAAAAUCGCAUUGCUUUAGCUGAAAGUAAGAAAGUUCCAAGGCGUACCAGUAUGGCAACAGAUGAAGUGGUGCCAACUAGAUUGGCUGAAGCCAGCCGAGCUAUGGCAGGAGACACCUCCAUUGCAGAAAAUUAUGCAUUUACUGGCGUUCAUCAUAUAUUUGAUCAGCAUAAAGACGCUGUGACAGCUGUGCGAUUUGCUAACAAUGAUAAAAGUCUAUUGGCAUGUUGUUCGUUGGAUGGGAAACUCUCUAUAUGUCAAUUAACACCUCCCCCUGCAAGUGUGCUGUAUAUUCUCGAGGGUCAUAAAGCAGGAAUUACAGCUUUCGAGUGGUCCCUCUCAAAUGAUCUGAUCUUGUCCUGUUCCCUGGAUGCUACUGUGAGGUUAUGGGAUACUGCUCUUGGCUGUUGCAUUCGUGUGGUUGAAGAUCCUUUAAAUGCAUCUAUACAGUGCUGUGCUUUCCAGCCACUCAAUAACAACAUGGUUGUGGUUGGCAACUCCAAAGGAAUGGUCCAAGUUCUAAAUGUAUCGACAGGAAUAUAUUUAAAGGGUGGGAGCAGCAAGACUUCAGGAAGUGUUCUUUCCAUCGUAUUUGAUUCUUCGGGGCAGCUACUUUGGGCUGGAGAUGACAGAGGAUACAUCGUUUCUUACCUAUUUGACUUGCAUUCUGGCAGGCUCACUAAAGGAAAAAAAAUCCUUGUGUCUGAAAACAGUGCCAUCACUUGCUUGUCUGCUCGCAGCUGGGCCAGCAGAGAAGCUAGAGAUCCAUCUCUCCUGGCGAAUUGUGCUUCUGAUGCAGUGUUGCUUUUCAGCAUCAUAAGGAAGGAUGGAUCUUUGGAAUUGAAGCGGAAGUUUCCAGUAAGGCAUCGCUCCCAGCUGGCAAUGAUACGAAGUUCCUUUUGCCCCAUCAUGUCCUUUCGGCAAGGUGCCUGCAUAGUGACUGGAAGUGAAGACACUUGUGUGUAUUUCUUCGAUUUGGAACGAGAAAACAAACCCUGUGUGAACAAACUGCAGGGGCAUUCAGCAACCGUUAUAGAUGUGUGCUUCAAUUAUGACGAGAGUCUGUUAGCUUCCAGUGAUGCUUCUGGUAUGGUUAUUAUUUGGAAAAGGGAACAACGGUGAAGCUAUUUAUUUUUAUAAUUUUGAAUGUUAAAUCAGUAUUAUUGUUAUAUGUAUUUCUCAAGAAAUAUAAGAUUUCUUUUAAUAAAUUCCAAGUCUCAAACCAAUUAUUAUGUGAUUAAAGGUAAUAAUUUAUAUACAAAUAUCUUCAAAAUACCAUUUGAGAAAAACUGAGAUCUGCCAUGUAUAUUAAAAUUAAUGUUGUCGAAGGCUUUAU